GUUCAGGGUUGUUGGUGGGUGCCCUCGAGUGGAUUACGACUCGUACUAACCCCGUGUGACAGAGCAGGACUUCCCUAUAGGGUUUUCUAGGCUGGAAUCUUUAUGGAGAGCAGAUCACCAGGUCAUUCUCCGAUGGGCUGCUGCGGUGGGGGUUCAUACUGUCAAACUUUUGGUUAGCAGCAGAGAGCGUAACCCUGUGCACCACCAGGACUCCUUCCAGGAAAACCUUAUGGGGCAGUACAACUCUGUCAUAUGGGGUCACUAUGAGUUGGAAAAAACCCAAUGGCAAAUACCGACCACCACAACCUCAGGAGGCAUGAAGAUUAUCUUCGGGGGGCCCUGAUCUGCCUUCGAGGUGCCGGCUGUUACUUUUGUUGUCAUGACACUUCUCUGCUCUCCCCCCCUCCCAGCUUCUCUGACCCAUGGAUCCCAUCCGCUGGGCCAAGGUACAAUAUCCCUGGCGCCACUGUCUCUCUGGGCUGCUGUUCCAGCUGCUUUUGGCUCUGUGCCUCUUCUCUUACCUGCGUGUGGCUCCAGGCAAGCCCCCGACCGUGGAACCCCUCGCUCAAUCUGCCAACGAGUCCAGCCAGUUUACCCCCCGUCACCCGUCCCUGGUCGUCCUGCUGUGGACGUGGCCCUUCAACGUCCCUGUGCAUCUGUCCCGCUGCUCGAGGCUGCGGCCUGGCACGGCCGACUGCCAGCUGACCGCCAACCGCGGUGUGUACCGGCAGGCCGACGCGGUCAUCGUGCAUCACCGUGAGGUCAGCUCCAGACCUUUGGCGCAGCUCCCGCCCUCCCCACGGCCACCAGGCCAGCGCUGGGUCUGGUUCAGCUUGGAGUCCCCCUCCCACUGCCGGCAGCUGAAGGCCCUAGACGGCUACUUCAAUCUGACCAUGUCCUACCGCAGCGACUCGGACAUCUUCACGCCCCACCUGCAGGCUCUGGACAAGGACCAGGCCGCCUACCUGAGAUACUUCCGCUGGCGGGAGACACUGCGGCCCUGCUCCAGAAGUUGGGCCCAGCACUACUGCGAGGCCUGCUGGCGGCUGCAGCAGGAGCCCAGGUACCAGGCGGUGCCCAGCAUAGCCUCCUGGUUCACAUGAGCCAGCGGCCUGGGGCCUGGGCUGCUGGGAGCCUCACCUGCCCAGACCGCACAGUCGGGAGCUCACCUGCUGGGACCUCACCUGCAGGAGUUCACCUGCUGAGAUCUCACCUACAGGCCUUCACAUGCUGGGGACCUCAGCUGUCGGGCGUCACCUGCUGGGGACCGCCCCACCCAGGCACUUGCCCCCCAGGGAACCAGCUCCCCGGGAGGGGGGAGUGGUGCUCCCAGCAGCGACGGUUCUGGUUGGUCUUCCCGUGAUUGUCACUGCUGUGCUCACUGCCUGCGUGGUCUGGGGUCCCAACAUCGUCACCCGUCUCCAGCUGGGGAUGCUGUAACAGUGCUGUGCCCCCUUUUUCUAGAGCGUGCUCCUCACCCAGGGCCAGUCUGCCCCCAGGGGACGUGGGUCAUGUCUGUAUUUUGGUUGUCACAGCUGGAGGCAGGGUGUUACAGGCACCUGGUGGAUGGGGGCCAGGGAUGCUGCUCAACACCCUGCAGCGCCCAGGACGGCCCCACCCCAGAGGAGGAUCCGGCCCCAAAGGCUCGGAGGUGGAAGAACCUGCCUGAGACCGUCUACAGCCCUCGGGGUCCGGGGCUGGCAGGUGUUCAAAGCCCCAGGGGGGCCUCUCCUCCGGCUGGCACCUGGGGGUGGUCUGGCAGUUUAGGGAGACCAUGGUGGAUGUGGGACCAGGGUGUCUGGGGGUCUCUGGUGGGGGCAGUGCUUCAGCAAGGGGACCGGCCAUGUCCAGAGCCUGGGGCACAGGUGCCUGCGCGUGGCUGCCUGAGGGAUGGGGGCAGGACAGAAAAGGAUGGGGAUCCCCCUGCGAGGGGGGUUUGGUGCUGUGUGUGCAGCUGUGAGAGUGAGUGGAGGGCGACGCGGGGCUGGAGUGUGGGUGCCAUCAGGUGUGACUGUGACCGUAUUAGCGUGAGGGCGUGCCAGCCCGAGGAGGCUGUGGCCCUGAGUGUGUGAUGGGGGGUGUGUGAGUGAGCACAUGCAUGGCUGUGUGGGGCUGCUGUGACUGUGUGUGCGUGUAUGCGAGAGUGCAGGGUUGCGUGGGGGGCUCUGCAACCUGAAGUGUGCGAUGGUGUAUGUUUGUGGGUGUGAGUCAGCAAGUGUGUAUGGCUACAUGGAGCCUUGUGACUGCGUGUGUGCUUGUGUGUAUGCUUAAGUGUGAGAGAGAGUCUGCGUGAGGAUGUGUGGGUCUGUGGGAGGCUGCUAUGAUACUAAGUUGUAGAUGUGUGUGCACACUUCUGUGAGCAGGUGUGUAGAGUUCUGUAUAGGGCCUCUGUGACUAAAUGUGUGAUGGUGUCUGUGUGUGCGUGUGUCAGUGAGAGAGCGAGGAGGGCGGUGGAGACCAGGGUAUGACAUUAAGUGUGUGACUGACACUGUUGCUGUGAAUGUGUAACUGUGUGACCGUGUGAUUGUGUGUACGUGUGUUGUGACUACACGCGGCUCCCAAUGUGUCUCCAUGUACGUGUGUGUGUGGUUGCCCCGUCCAGUGUGAGGUCCAGCAGUGUCUCUGCCUGAGUGUGCAGCAGUGAGGCUGCCCCGCUCCGUG